AUGAGAGGAUCACCGUGCACGUCGGAUUUAACCUGCUGAGGACUUAAUGAUUGUUUUAUCUGCUGUGCUGAACAUUUUCUUCUCUUCUGUGUGAAUCAGCUGGCACCAUGGGGAUACUGCUUUUAUGUGCUGUCUUGCAAGUAGUGACAGUCGGCUUGGUGGCUGCAAGCUGCCCGGUGGUGUGCGAGUGUCCCGCAGGGCCCCCAUCUUGCCCCCCAGGAGUCAGCUCUGUCCCGGACGGAUGUGGCUGCUGCAAAGUGUGUGCUGCUCAGCUCAACCAGGACUGCCGGGAGGGACGGCCCUGUGACCACCACAAAGGCCUGGAGUGCAACUAUGGCAACGAUGUGGGUCGUACCCACGGCAUCUGCAGGGCAAGGGCAGAGGGCCGCUCCUGUGAAUACAACGGGCAAAUUUAUCAAAACGGUGAGAAUUUCCGUGCUGGUUGCAAGCACCAGUGCACCUGCAUCGAUGGAGCGGUGGGCUGCAUGUCCCUGUGUCCCAGCCACGUGCCCCUGGCUUCCCCUUCCUGUCCUGCCCCACAGUUGGUCAAGGUGCCAGGCCAGUGCUGCCUCAGCAUUUACUGCCGCAAGGGAACCACCGUUGUGCCACCAGCACACCAAAGACCCCAGUCUCCAGCUUACCUGCCUCACCCCUUCACUCCCCACCUGGCCUCCCCCUACCCAAAGCCUUAUCCAAAACUCUACCGGAAGCUGUACCCCUACAAACCCAAGAAGGAGGAGGACACCCUGGGCAACGAGCUGCUGGAGGUGGGGCGCAAAUGGGACAAGGCUCGUGGAAACAAGCACCUGGCGGCCUGGAGGCAGGUGGGAGAUCAGUGUGCGGUUCAGACUACUUCCUGGUCUCAGUGUUCUCGGAGCUGUGGGAUGGGCAUCUCCUCUCGUGUUACCAAUGACAAUGCCCGCUGUAAGCUGAUCAAGGAGACCCGUCUGUGCAACGUCCGGCCAUGCAGCUCCAUGUCUGUGCCUGUCAAGAAAGGAAGGAAGUGCUCUCGUACCCACAAGGCCCCCGAGCCACACCGCCUGUCCUACGCCGGCUGCAGGAGCACUCGUCUCUACAGGCCCAACUACUGCGGCGUAUGCAGGGAUGGUCGCUGCUGCUCACCUCGUCGCACACGUACAGCCAGCGUGACCUUCACUUGCCCUGAUGGCGAACGCUUCAACAGGUCUGUGAUGUUCAUCCAGUCCUGCAAGUGCAAUGACCAGUGCAACCAUUUCAAUGAGACAGAUGUGACACGGUGGCCUGUCACCAGCGAAGGCAACGCUGCCAUGUAUGGAGCAUCAAUGUGGCUGAACCGGGAUCUGCUGUCAGCCUUGAGAUCCAGGGCUAGACCCCAGAGUCACAGCGGUCAGAAAGCCUCAUCUGGCGAUGGAUGA